AUGAGUCAAAGUGAAGAUUACUCUACAGAGAGUCAAAAAAAAGUAUAUACAAUUUGGGCAAAUAAUAUUUUAAAUAAAAGAAGUUUACAUAUUUCAGAUUUAUUUGAAGAUUUAAGAGAUGGUGUUUAUUUAAUAAACAUAUUAGAGAUAUUAACCUCUGAAAAGUCUGAAAACUAUAUUGUCAAACCAAAGAAUAGAUUACAACAAUUAUCAAAUGUUCAAUUAGCAUUAAACGUUAUUGAUAGAUGGGGUAUUAGUUUAGUUAAUUGUAGACCAGAACAUUUAGUUGAUAAAAAUAGUAAAAUGAUUCUAAGUUUAAUUUGGAGAUUAAUUUCAAAAUUUCAAAUUCAACAAUUUUUAACUGAUGAAGAUUUUGGUUUAUAUGAUAAUAGUACUAGUAGUGGUAGUGGUGGUAGUAGUAGUGGUAGUAGUGGUAAUAAUAAUAAUAAUAAUAAUAAUAAUAAUAAUAAUAAUAAUAAUAAUAAUAAUAAUAAUGAUCAUCCAACAGAAUUAAUUAGAUCAUUUUCAGGUAUGAUACCAAAUGUUUCAUCAAGAACAUCAACAAGUAUUAGUAAACCAACAGUAACAGCAAAGGAAGCAUUAUUGAGAUGGUGUAGACGUGAGAUUGAGUCAUAUACCAAUGCAACUAGUAUAACGAAUUUCAGUAAAUCAUUUCAAAGUCCACAAUUAUUCUAUUGUUUAGUUCAUAAAUAUUGUCCAGAGAGUAUUGGUAAUUUAGAGAGUAUUUCGAAACAAGAUGAAGUUGAUGCGUUAAAUAAAUGUUUUGAUAUUGCAGAGAAACAAUUAGGUAUUCCAAAGUUUUUAACACCUCAAAAUAUCAUUGAAGGUCCAAUCGAUGAAUAUUGUGUUAUGACUUAUAUUUCUUAUUUUUUAAAUUAUCAUAGAAAUCAAUUACAACCACUACCAUCAUUACAACAUUCAAUUUCAACUAAUUCAACCACUGCCACCACCACUACAUUCACAAAAGGUCAUCAAAGAGUAUCUAGCACAGGUUCAAAUAAUUCAAAUGCCUCAACAAUUAGUAAUGAUUUAAAUGUAUUAUCAUCAACUGUAUCAAUAUCAUCAUCAUCAACUUCUACAACAGCAGCAGCACCAAUAACAUCAUCAUUAUCAACGUCAUUUACAACAGCAGGUUUACCUUCAACUACAUCAUCAUCAUCAACAACCACAACAACAUCAACUUCACUAUCAAUACCACCAUCACAAGGUGUUAGUAAAAAGAGAGCAUCAAUAUCAGUUAAUACAAAUGUUAGUAGUAGUAGUAGUAGUAGUAGCAGUAGUAGCAGUAGUGGUAGUAAUAGUAAUAGUAAUGCUAGUGGAUCAAAAACACCAUCACUAUUAUCUACACCAGAGAAAUUAGCAUUUACUUCACCAAUAAACUCACCUUCAUUAUUAAAUGAUAAUAAAGUAUCAACUUCACCAAGACCUCAACAUAAACCACAACCACCAUUAUCACCACAACAACAACAACAACCAACUGUACAAAAUUCACAACAACAACAACAAAUUAUUGAAAUUAUAAAUAACUUUGCAUCAGAAUUAAAGAAAUUCUCUGAAAGACAUGAGGGAAUGUUAAUUAAAACAGCGGCUAUUUUAGAUGAAAAAGUUAAUAGAUUAGGUGACAAAUUAGAUCAAUUAGAAACGAAAAUAUCUUCAAUGAAAAAUGUAAUCUCAUCAAUAACAGAAAAUCAUCAAUGUUCUCAUCACCAUCAUAACCAUAACCAUAAUCACAAUCAGCAACAACAACAACAACAACAACAACAAUACAGUGAAGUAAGUUCACCAUAUUCUGAUAAGAGGAUUCAAUCAUUAGUGACCUCACCAAUUUCAUCACCAUCAUUAACACCAACCUCACCAAUGACUCCACCACAAAAUGGAACAAAUACAACUACAACAACUACAACUACAACUUCAACUUCAACUACAGUUCCAAGAAAAGAAACUCAACAAGAGAAAGAAGAAAGAAGAGAGAAAAGAAGAAGUAGAAGAAAAGAAAAAGAAGAUAGAAGACAACAAAGAAAUGCAACAUUAAAAAAUAAUAAUACCACCACCACAAAUUUCUCUAGUGGUGGUGGUGGAGGAGGUAUUGAUCCACAUGGUACAUUAACACAAUCAUCAUCAUCAUGUUCAUUAGUUGAUGAAGCACAUGAUCGUGAAGAGAUUAAAAAGAUUAUAAAAUCACAAGCAUUGGUUAGAGGUUAUUUAAUUAGAAAACAAUAUAAACGUAUAAAGAAUCGUAGAGAAGUUGCCCAAGAGAUCUUAAAGACCGAAGAAACCUAUGUCAAUAGUUUGACAGUGCUAUUCAAUGAAUAUCUAGUACCACUAAAGAAUGAAAGUGCAGGUAUAUCAUCAAUCAGUGCAGACAAUGUGAAAACAUUGAAUAACAACAUCAAUGUAAUCUUAAAUAUGAACAACAUGCUUCUCAAGAAACUUCGUGAAAGAAUGACAACACCAUGGCAUUAUAGACAAUUGUUUGGUGAUAUCUUUUUCAAGAUGAGUGAUCUCUUGAAAUGUUAUAUCGCCUAUGUCAAUCACUACAAUCGUGCCCUCUCCACUGUAAAUGAUUUCACCAAACAUUCAGGAUUGAACGAGAUGAUCAAUGCAACCUUUUUAAGAACUCAUCAACAAUUGCGUGAUCUUAUCAUUAUACCAGUUCAAAGAAUUCCAAGAUAUGUACUAUUGUUGGAAGAAAUGUGUAAAGUUACAGAGACCUCUCAUCCUGAUCAUCAACAACUAAGUCAAUCGUUAACAAAGAUGCAAUCGAUAGCUGACCAUGUAAAUGAAAAACGUAGAGAUUUUGAAAAUGUUAUUCAUGUCUCUCUUUUACAAGAUGCUAUCACUGGCUUCAAUAUUAUGGAAUACUCUUCACUACGUUAUAUUAUGGAAGGUGACCUUCAAGCUCAUAUCAUGAGUGGUGGUAGUGGUUUUGGUACUGCUAUCGCUGGCGUCGUUGGUAAUGCUGUCUCUGGUACCAAUGGUGGUGGUGGAAGUUCUGGUUCAAACAGCGGUAGUGGUGGUUCAAAUUCAAACUCUGGCGGUGGUAGUGGUAGUGGUGAUCUUGGUAAAGGUGUAACCACUCCAUUACAUGUAUUUUUAUUCAAUCAAAUGAUGGUGGUUUGUAAAUAUAAAAAGGGUAAAGAUAGUUACUUCACCAAUAAAACCCUCUUUGGUAAUGUAAACAAUGAAAAACAUAAAUCAAAACAACCAAAAUAUAAAUAUUUAUCUCAUCAUCUUUUAACCUCAAAUACAAAAUUAUCAAGUAAUAAAUCUGAAAAUUGGUUUGGUAUUGAUAAUGGUUCAGAUUAUAAAAGAUUUUUUGCAAGAACUGUUGCCGAAAAAGAUAUGUGGGUUCAACAUAUUCAACCAUGCAUUGAUAAAGCCACCGAAAUUAAAACACUCAAAGAUAAUAAGAAAUAA